AUGAAAUUCAACUCUGGAAGUCAGGCGAAAUCUGAAAGUGAGGUUAAGUCUGGAGGCGAGAUCGAGCCUGGAAGCGAGGUCAGGCCUGGCAGUGGAGUCAGCUCUGGAAGUCAGGCGAAAUCUGAAAGUGAGGUUAAGUCUGGAAGCGAGGUCAGGCCUGGCAGUGGAGUCAACUCUGAAAGUCAGGCGAAGUAUGAAAGUGAGGUUAAGUCUGGAGGCGAAAUCGAGCCUGGAAGCGAGAAAUCUGAAAGUGAGGUUAAGUCUGGAAACGAGGUCAGGCCUGGAAGCGAGGUCAGGCCUGGUAGUGGAGUCAGCUCUGGAAGUCAGGCGAAAUCUGAAAGUGAGGUUAAAUCUGGAAACGAGGUCAGGCCUGGCAGUGGAGUCAGCUAUGGAAGUCAGGCGAAGUAUGAAAGUGAGGUUAAGUCUGGAAGCGAGAUCGAGCCUGGAAGCGAGAAAUCUGAAAGUGAGGUUAAGUCUGGAAACGAGGUCAGGCCUGGAAGCGAGGUCAGGCCUGGUAGUGGAGUCAACUCUGAAAGUCAGGCGAAGUAUGAAAGUGAGGUUAAGUCUGGAGGCGAGAUCGAGCCUGGCAGCGAGAAAUUGAAAAUCGUUGGGUCACCAAGAGGCCGAUUAUUAGCGAUUAUGUAUUGUAUCUUGAACGGAAAACAAGAUUACGAUAGUUUACCAACUUUUUACUUAUUUAUUGUGGUUAACCUGGCAAUGGUGUCACAGGCGAUUUGGUAUGCCGUUCGUUUAUUACCGUUGUUUAUAAUAUGGGUUGGAUUUGUUCGAAAUUGGUUUUCGACUUUCGUAUCAUCGACGGAUUCUUUUAAUGAUUUUGUCUUACAUAUAUAUGCAAUAUGCAGUGUACUUUAUGGUGUUGCAACAUUUAAUGAUUGUUCAUAUGCUCGACGUGAAUUAAUAGAAGAAAUCGAGGAAGCGAAAAGGGAUUUACGCGAACGAAAAAUUAUAUAA